AUGGCUGGUAUCAACAGGCUGUCCAGAGCACUGUGGCAAUCCCCCAGUACAAGACCUUGUAUCUCUUGGGUUAACGGCCAAACGGUACAAUCCCCCGCAUUUAAUCUCCAUCCACAGAUUCCGAGUUCAACGGCCUUUCGUGCACUCUCAAGAGCAGCUAAAAUGAGCUCCCAGAGAGAGGAUUCGAUUCCGCAUGAACUUCGCACAGCUGCCGAGCCCCGCCAGAACAGACGCCAUCCAGUGCGGCUAUCGCAUGUCGAGCAGAUCAAUCCCUCGGUUCGACUGUUGCACUUCGCAAUAUCUCAAGAUAAUAACAACCAGCAACCGUUCAGCUUUCUUCCGGGUCAAUGGCUUGAUGUCCAUAUCCCAUCUAUAGCUCAAGCUGGUGGCUUCACUAUCACCUCCACACCAGCAGAUGCCGAACCCCUACCAAUCCCAAACAGCCCAGCAGCCGAAGAACCAGUACCACCAGAGUCCCAAGGAAGAGCACCCUACGUGGAACUAGCCGUCCAAAACUCACCGAAGAACCCAUCAGCCGCAUGGCUCUGGAAACCGAAAGAGGAAAUCAUAGGCCAAGAGCUAAGUAUCCGCGUGGGAGGAAGUUUUACCUGGCCAGGAGUGAGCGACGUCAAGAAAAUCAAGAAUGCAGUCUUUAUUGCCGGAGGUGUCGGUAUCAACCCUUUGAUAUCAAUGCUUUCACACAUCAACAACAAUGAACCCGGGACCCAAACACCAGAUACAAUUCACAUUUUGUAUACUAGUCGCUUACCGCGGGGUGAAACGAUGCAAGAGAGAUUGGAUCAGGUCCUGUUUCUCCCGCGCCUGCGCCAGAUAGUUCGAUCGCAGGAGACUUCGCAUCGGCUUCGAAUGUCAUUGGACCUUUUUCUUACGGAUGUGGAUCCAUCUGUUGAUUUGGUCUCUGCGGCGUCCGAUAUGGUGAUUCAUUCGGCUCGAAUUGGAGAUCAGGAUCUACGCUCUGCCGUUUCCAAUAAGGAUGGCGGUACGAGUUCAAAAGAUACAGUGUGCUAUGUGUGUGGACCGCCGCAGAUGACAGAUUCUAUUGUUGAGAGAUUGAAAGGCAUGCUGGAAGAGGGCGGCGACAAGCGGAUUUUCUUUGAAAAGUGGUGGUAG